AUGUCGCUUAGAUCAUCUAGUGAAUACGGCAAUAAAGAUCGAUUCUUUGAAUCAAAAUAUAAAGUCGACAAACUCAGUCGACAAAACUCCAACGACAGACUGAGCGAUUUUAAGCAAAAACUAGAACUCUCAUUUAAAAGCCAAAAAUCAAGCCAAAGUAAUUGGAAAGCUUUCCGCAGUGAAGUUAAAACAAAACCAGCAACAUCUACAUCCACGAUUCCGAAUUUUUCUCUUUAUCAAGAUUUAUCGCACUUUAGACCAACAACUCCUACUUCCCCAAAAACGAGGUCUCCAUUUUCAAGAAUUAAGCCUCAAAUUGACCAAUUUUUUAAGAAACCUAUGACUUCAAGGUCACCUAGCCCAUCGAUUUUAUCACCAAGAGUUAGAAGUCCACGGCUUAAUCUAUACGAAAAUCAAAGAAAACUUCAGGACGUACUUAAAAUUGAAGAUCUCAGAAAAGGAAUCGAAAUUUUAGAUGAAAUGGCUGAUCAAGAUAUUAAAGGGCUUCCAUUAAGCUAUAGCAAAGAGUUAACGAGGUUUUGUAGUCAAGCAUUAAGCAAGGUUAGAGGAUUUGACUUUUAA